AUGGGGGUGCUGUACUGCAUUUGCGAGGUACACCUGUUCACUUUUAUGCUUAUGCCAUAUUCGGCAUCUCUGCCAAACUCCACUGAACAGAACACAUGCGAUCCACAAAUUGAGUCGUCGUUCAUACCACGAUUCGUACUCGUCUUUCUCCUCAUUCUACGGCUACUACCCAUUGUCGUCUGCGCCUUGUUACUGGCUAAACGCACUCCCUUGAGUGAAUCGUUUGCUGUGCUCAUCGAGAAGUUGAGUCCAGUGAGGAAGAAGACCAGAUUGUAUCUGAAAAAGGAUCAUUACAGUUCUGUGAAUGUCGAGAAAAAAUUGGCUCCACAAUUGGCAAAUCCGCCACGUGCUGGUGGAACUCCAUUACCUCCAAUUCCGUCACCUACGCAUAUCGAUCACAGCAUUAGUUAUAACAACGCUGCCUAUUUUGCCACCUCCGGAGCACUGGGAGUGAGCGGUUCGUCAAGAAGCAGCGACAUCUCGCGGUUAGAUGCCGCAGAAAUGUUCCGGUAA